AUAUAAUAAUUUUUCCUAUUCUUUCACAUUCACAUACAAAAUCGUUACUAUAAUUCAAGGUACUUGGCCUUUUUGAAAUCUCAUGUAAGCAAUAAAGCGCAACAGGAAGGAUCUAUAGCGGAAGGUUACCUUUUGUGGGAGACAAUUGCAUUUUGUUCGAGAUAUUUAGAAAGUGUUGAGACUAUGUUCAAUAGACUUAGAAGGAAUGAGGAUGGUGUAUCAUACACUGACAACUAUUUGUAUAACUCUGGUGGUCGUGUUGUUGGAAAAAAAGAAAAUGUCCGUUUGGAUGACAGAAGUUUAAAGCAAGCUCAUCGCUAUGUUUUACUUCAUUUUGAUGAACUAACCCCGGUGCUUAAUGAGUUCCUAAAACUAAAGAGGCAAGAUAAUGACGUUGGAGGAAGUCAAGCUGAUGAAUCUAUUGAAAAUCAGUGGAUAAUUGAUGAAUUUGCAGAUUGGUUGCAAAGCCAGGUCCAUAAUUUAGAUGAUAGCACGGUAGAUGGAAAGUUAAGAAAAGCCUUAGUCGGUGGCUUGAGUAACCGCGGGAAAAGGAUGAAAAGUGUUAUUAUCAAUGGUUACAAAUUUGAUAUUGUGGAUCGUGAGCGAUUUCGAGUAACUCAGAAUUCAGGAAUCAUGGUGGAAGCAGAGGGUCACGAAUAUUAUGGAAAACUCAAAGAAAUUUUGGAAUUAGAUUAUUAUGGUUCUUAUAAGGUUUUAUUGUUCCGUUGUGACUGGGUCGAUAUUCGUAGGGGUAUCAAAACAAAUCCGAAUGGAAGUGUUCGUAUCAAUUUCUCAAAGUUGAUGCACACUGGUCGAUUUUUGCGUGAUGAUCCAUUUGUUUUCUCAUCUCAAGCAAAACAAGUUUUUUAUAUUGAGGAUGAGAUACAAAAAGGGUGGUGUCAUGUUGUGAAAACUAAGCCUAGGGACUUGCUUGAUAUACCUGAAUAAUUUGUUACAACUUUUAUAAUUUAUUAUAGAUUUGAGUUCAUAAAUUUGGAUGGGUGUGUAUUUUUAUAUUUCAUUUAGUUAUUCUAAUUCAUCAAAGUUUGUAUUUUGUCAACUUAAUUUUUGUUUCUGUUAAUUAAAUUCUAUAACUGAAAUUAGAACUGAAAUUCAAAUUUGAAUUCAGUUCUGGAUUUCAGUUUUGAUUUCAGCUCUGAACAUCAGAAAUGAAUUCUAGAACUGAAAUCAGAACUGAAAUUCAAAUCUGAAUUUAGUUCUGGAUUUCAGUUUUGAUUUCAGCUCUGAACAUCAUAAAUGAAUUCUAGAACUGAAAUCAGAACUGAAAUUCAAAUCUGAAUUCAGUUUUGGAAUUCAAUUUUGAAUUCAGCCCUGAACAUCAGAACUGAAUUGCAGCUUGUGUGUGUGUAUUUGCAAAAUUCAUUGGCUACAGUGUUGGGUUAUUUUGUAGAUUUUUUCUAAAUUUUUUUUUUAUCUGCUUCUCUGUUAGAACAUAUUGCCCACUUAAUGUAUCAUUUCAUGUGAAGUUUCAAUAACAUUUAUUUUUCUAACAAAGGAUGAUGACUAUAAAAUGUGUGGGCAAACUUUGUUAAUCUUUCUUGAUGUGUUUACCUGUCUUCAUGCAUUUUAUAUAUACUUGCUGGUGCUUAUAUUAAACAUAUGGAUUAUGGUGUGUUCUAGAAGCCUAGAAGUGCUAGAAAACUUGAUUGCAGUGACUAGUUGGAACCUUUGGCUGAAGAUGAUUGCUUCUUUUGUGCUUUCUGGAUUCCUAAGAAUAAGUGUUGUUGUUCUUGUUUCUUAAAGAGGCUUUUAUGCAUUUAACUCACUGUUGGGCUUCUUAACUGUGCUUACUAUAUUCAAUACUUGUUUCUUAUUUCAACUCUACUAUGUUGCUAAUUUAUUUUUCUUAUUUCAUGGUUUCUUAAUUUGGUUUUGAAUCUUCUGAUGAUUAAUCUUAUUGUCACUCUUAUGAUAAUUUUUUAUUUAUGUUCUUUUUAAUAACUUAUUUUGCGAAUUUAUCAGGUAAAGUAUGAUGUACCGAAGCAAGAGAGCAAGGGACAUACUUGCUGCCACAGCCAAGUCACAUGAUCUAGUAUCAUCACAGUCACCAAUUAUCUCUAAUGCACAUACUUCUUCUGCUGCUAAAGCUUCACAACCCACCAAAAAACAAGCUAGAAAGUCACCACAAACUGAGGUUCUUAGGGAUGACAAAUGGGGACCUUUUUCUCCACCCAUUUCCACUACAAAAUGUGACCACCCACCAACUAAUAAUUUAGGAUCCAUUUGGAAAACCCCUCCUGGUUCAACAUUAAAUUCAGUUAAGGAAGCAGUUACGCAAGGUCAGCAAAAAAAAAUACCCACCAGAAGUUUCAUCUUUAGUCCCACCUAAUAUCCCACCUAAUAUUCCACAUUCAAUUGCACCAGACUCAUUGAACUCCCCUUCUACUUCUCACAAACCUCCUGAGCGCCCAAAACCUGCUACACGAGGAAUUCGAAAUCGUGAAACAGGUGCUGUGAAAACUUCAGCUACGGACUAGGGGUUAAAAAGGGGGACAUUUUCGGAGUACGUGGUGUGUUAAGGAAGGAAGGCUAUGGAAAAUUUCAAAAGAGGACUAUUAUGAUGGAUAGUGUUAAAGAAGAAGUGAAUGCUUUGCACAAAAAAAAUGAUACACUAUCUCAAGAAAAUGAAAAGCUGAAAGACGAGGUCGGACACAACAAUCUUCUUCUUAAAGCGCUUGUUGGACAAUUUUCUCAAAUUGUAGGUGCAAUUCGUCAAGGGAAUGCAUCUCCGGGUCUUCUAAACAAAGCAUCUAAAUUCUUAGGAAAGGCAAAACAUCAGAUUGGAAAAGGCAAUGUAGGUGCAACAAAAGAAUAGGCCGGGACACUUGAGCAUCAACAAGCGACUAUAUCGAUUAAUGUGGCCAUCAUCUAUCUAUUUUGGUUUUUAGUCUUAUAUUAGUGAUGUAUUUAUUUAGAGACAAGCUACAUACUAUAAUAUGCGACUUUUUUUUUUAAUGAUUGUACUGUGUUGAUGUUUUCUUUUAUAAAUUUGGUAAUUAACUACG